UUUACAGUUGUUAUGUUGCUUUCGACCGCGGUUCGUGCUGCACGUAUUUUCGCGUGCUCCGUUCAGAAAAUGUUUUAGGCCUAGAGUCGCCGGGAAAAAUCAACUAUUGAUGCAAUCGAAUUUUUAAAUAUCUCAAACCGAUUUGUGCGCGUUUUUCCGCUCAGGCUCAGUAAGUGUGGGCGCGUGACGUUACGGGACAGACUUGUGUGUGUGAGUGCGAAAUAACGGUGCAAGGAAUCCUGAUGAAAUCAAUACAAAUUUGAAAUAAUUGCCGUUAUUAUUAGAAUUCAAACUGCCAACUGCAGGUAACGAAACAAAAAAAAACCAAUCGAAGUGAAGUGCAAAAACAAGAAGAAAUAUACAAAUAAAAACAAAACCGGUUCGCCUCUGCAGCAGCAAAACUCAAAGCCAAAGGAAAAAAAAACAAAAAUCAAAGACAGCGAAAGAAUUUUUGUUGUUUGGCCGGUGCGUGUGUGUGAGAGUGGGAGUGCGCCAGUGUGUGUGUGAGCAUCUCGGAGAAGGAGAAAAACGCAAAAGUUGGUAGGAAAAAGGCGUACGUAAGGAAUAAAAAAAAACCAGUGGAAAAAACGUAGUAGGAAUUUCUUGUUUCCCCAAAACCGAAAAAUCGACGCAAACCCGUUUCCCUGCAAACACAAAAUAAAAGAGGUGAAAAAAAGUGGCACAAGUGAAAAUUCCUGCGUUGUGUUCGUUUAUUAUUAUUUUUAUAUGUUGCCGUCUUUUUGACAAUCGCCAAAAGUGAAAAUCAAUUUGCAGAGCGCGCGCGCAAGGAGCAAAAGGGAAGAGAGAGUUUGCCGGAGAGAGAGCGAGCCCAAUAUAGAUUUCGUCCUUUUUCGAGGCCCCAAAUUACCCAACCCAAAAAAAGAGCACGAAAACUGGACGAAAAACUCCCGAAAACCAACAACAACACACGCCGAUAAACUGCAAAAGUAAACAAAUUGUGCCGAAACUGAACGAAUUUGGGAAAAUUGCAACCACAGAAAAAGGUCUCCCACAUGUCGGGCCCUACAGUUUGAGCUGCACUGGGUUCUAGCCACCGCGAGAGCAGACGGAAAGGGAACCAUCAUGCGACAGACUCAACGAAAACCACUCAGCGAAAUGUCUAAGCAAAACAGAUUCCAACAGCAGAAGGCCCAAACCAGCCGACCCAUCAAAUAGAUUGCCAAUAAAAAAUUAAGUAAAAUUACCAAAAUUUACAAAACCCAGGAGAAAAGACUUUGAAGUGCAAAAAAGAAGAGAAGGCAAAAGAGAACCGUCUACAGGAACUCCCGAGAAGCGAGGGAGAAGGUCGGUUUUUUUUUUUCUCGUGGAACCAGUGAUAGAAAGCCGUCAAGAUUACGACGUACCACCCACCCACGCCCAAAGUCAAACAGAACCCGGCCAAUACGGACGCGAUGUCCGGGCCGGGGGCGUUUGACGACGAGCCGCCGCCGGAGCCGCGGGACGGAUGGCUACUGGUGCGCAUCCACGUGCCGGAGCUGAAUGUCUACAAGUGUCUGCAGUUCCCAUCGGAGCGGCUCGUCUGGGAUGUCAAGCAGCAGGUGCUCGCCUCGCUGCCAAAGGAGCUCAAGGAGAGCUUCAACUAUGGCCUGUUUGCCCCACCUGCGAACGGCAAGGCGGGAAAAUUCCUGGAUGAAGAACGCCGCCUGGGCGAUUAUCCCUUCAACGGACCCGUUGGCUAUUUGGAGCUCAAGUACAAAAGGCGGGUGUACAAAAUGCUCACCCUGGACGAACGCCAGCUGAAGGCUCUUCACACGCGGGCCAAUCUGCGCCGCUUCCUCGAGUGCAUCAACGGCGGCCACGUGGAGAAGAUAGCCAAGAUGUGUGCCAAGGGCCUGGAUCCCAACUUCCACUGCUCGGAGAGUGGGGAUACUCCUUUAACAGUGGCCACGGGCGCCAAGAAGCCGAACAAGCUGCUCAUCGCUCUGGUCAACGGAGGAGCCUUGCUGGAUUACAGGACCAAGGAUGGAACUACCGCUCUCCAUCGAGCUGUGGAGCAUGAUUCCCUGGAGGCAGUCAGCACCCUCCUCGAGCUGGGCGCCUCCCCGAACUACCGAGAUGGGCGUGGCAUCACCCCGCUGUACAUCUCCAUCACGAGGAAGUGCGAGGCGAAGAUCACGGAGAGCCUGCUCCACGACCACGCCACGCUGGGCAUCCAGGACAGCCAGGGCUGGAACGAGGUUCACCAGGCCUGUCGGCACGGCCUGGUGCAGCACCUGGAACACCUGCUGUUCUACGGUGCUGACAUGGAUGGCCGCAAUGCGUCCGGCAAUAGUCCGCUGCAUGUGUGCGCUGUUAACAACCAAGAGGCUUGUGCCAGAAUGCUUCUCUUUCGCGGCGCUCAGCGCGGCGCCCAGAACUUUGCCAAUCAAACUCCCUACCAGGUGGCUGUCAUAGCCGGCAACUUGGAGCUGGCCGAAAUCAUUGAGAACUACAAAUCGGAGGACAUUGUUCCCUUCCGCGGACCGCCGCGCUACAAUCCGAAGCGCCGCUCGGGCAUCGGGUGGCUGAGCGCCAACGGAGCCGCCGGCGCAGCUCUGAUGGCAGCGGCUGGCGGUGGUUUCGGUGGUGCGAUGGUCGUCGGCUCCAAUGGCUCCAAUGCCAACGGAAUCGGGAACGGGAACGGCUCGGCCGGCGGUGUUGGUCUGAUGCUUGGCCACCAGCAGAGCCACCAGCAGCACCUCGCCGGCCACCAGCAGCAGCAUCAGCACCAGCUCCUGCACCACCAGAACCACCACCAGCACGCCCAGAUGCCCCACCUGCACACGCUGCAGCUCCAUGGUCCGCCGUCGCCGUGCCCCUCGGAGCACAUGCUCGGCGCCUACAGCUCGGCCAGCUCCAGCCUCUCCGAGGGCUCCUCCGGCCACCGCUCCCACGAGGACGACAUCAGCAUCGUGACAGACAAAUCCCUGGGCGACACCAGCGACAUAAUCAGCGACUCGUCGGGCGUGGGAACCAACUCGGACUCGGCGGCCUGCUCCAUCGGGCAUCCCAGCACCACGGUGGUGUGCAUGGAGCCCUACGCGGGCAACACAGUGGGCCACAUUCGCCUCCAGCCGGGCGACGUCAUCGAGGUGGUGGGCAGCACCGACUGCGGACUCCUCGAGGGCUACGUGCGGGGAACGAACCAGUCGGGCUUCUUCCCGGCGGAGUGCGUCCAGGAGGUGAGUCUGCGGCAGAAGCACAUUACCAACGUGAUGACCGCCAGCACGGGAAUGGCUCCCCAGCAUCAGCAGCAGCAGCAGCAGCAUCUGCAGCAGGCGCCCGUCUCCUCCGCCGCCUCCUACCAGGGAUCUCCCCAACUCAGUUUGGGCGGCCACUCGGGCAGCUCCAGCACUCUGCUGCAGCAGCCGCACCAGUCGCCCUCCCUCUCGGUGGCCAGCAACGGGUCCUGCCAGCAGUUGGGUGAGAGCAACGGAGGCGGAGGAGCAGCCGGGAACGGGAUGAACAGCAGGAACAACAACCACUCGGUGGGUCAGUACAGCAGCGCCACUGCUCCGCGCAUCAAGAAGAGCGCCUACAAUGCGCCACGUUCGGUGGUUCUGCAUCGCGCCAAGCGUGGCUUCGGAUUCAUCCUUCGUGGCGCCAAGGCCUCCUCCCAGUUGAUGCAGCUGCGUCCCUCGGAACGCUUUCCGGCGCUCCAAUACCUGGACGACGUGGAUCCGGGUGGAGUGGCCGACAUGGCGGGUCUGCGACCCGGUGACUUCCUGCUCACCAUCAAUGGGGAGGACGUGAGCUCCGCCUCGCACGAGCAGGUGGUGGAGAUGAUCCGCUCGGCGGGUGCGCUGGUCAACCUGACGGUGGUCUCGCCCCAGUUCCCCCACCAGAUGCAGGCCAGUGCCCAGUACCUGCCCAGUGGAGCGAGGGCGGGCAGCCAGCACCUGAACAGUGGACCCAGCACCCCACAAAGUUCCCAUCGCCAGUGCGCCACGUUGCCCAGGAAGAUGACGGGACCAGGCGGAGCAGGAGGCGGAGGAGGAGGGGGAGGUGCUUCCUCCUCGGGGGGCAGUGUGCGAAUGGCUCCGAUGCCACCACGCAGGGAUCCCAAGACCACUCUGAGUGUGGGCAGAGCCAGGGCCAAGUCCAUGGUGGCGGGAUUGGAGAACGGAGGCGAGAAGGAGGACGACCUGCCGCACACCAAGUCCAACUCGGUGGAGUCGAUUGCCACGCCCACGCCCAGUGGCAACCAGACGGGACCGGGAACUCCCGUCCAGCUGCGCACGGCGAGCAUCAAGGCGAGGCCCACCUCCAGCAGGAUCACGGCCGCCGAGCUGGAGGAGCUCUUCCAGCGGCAGCAGGGCGAGGGCAACGGCAACGCGAACGCCAGUCGCUAUGCCACCAUGAUGACCAGCUCGCGGUUCCAAUCCGGAACGGACAGUGGGGCAGCCACUCCUCCCGCUGCGAAUGGUUCGCCCAUGAGGAGUGGUCCUCUGGUCUAUGGAAGUGUGGCCGAGAUGAAGCGCAAGGCGGCGAGGAGCAAGCAUGGCAGUGGCACCCUACGUGGAAAACCAGUGGCCACGCCCACCGUGGGAGCAGGCGGACCGGGAGGCGGUCGUGACCUGAAGCGGUUCCAUUCCACGCCCGAUCUGCACGGUCCCCAGCUGCACGGAUCCGCCUCGUCCAUUUGGCAGGCGGCCGGAAAGGGUCACCACUCGCAGGACGACGUGGCCACUCUGCACGCCUCGCUGCAGCGCUUGAACUCCAACCAGGCGGAGCUGAAGCUGGGAGGAUUGGGAGGAGCAGGAGCAGGAGGAGCAGUGCUGCCGCCACCCAACCACCCACCACCUCCUCCGCCGGUGGGUCAGGUGGUCAAGGUGGAGACACGCAGCAGCGUGUCCGAGUACGAGAGCACCAUCUCCUUGCAGCAGAAGCUGAAGAAGCGGGCGGAGAACGACGCGGUGACCAGUGCCGCCAUCGACGGCGUCCAGAGCAGCUUCAAUCCCUCGGCGAACGCCAAGAUCUACGCCUCUCCCCAGGAGCUGCGCAACGUGAUGGCCUGGAAGCUGCGGCAGGCGCAGGAGAAGUCCUCCCAGGAGACAUCCGCCGGCUCCCAGCAGCCAGUGAGUCAGUAUGCUGCUCCCACGCAGAUGCGUCCCCAGCAGCAGCAGCAGCAGCAACAGCAGCAACAGCAGCAGCAGCAGGUGCAACAGCAACAGCAGGUGCAGCAGCAACCCACAGCAGUGGCCUCUCACUAUGCUGCUCCCCAGGUGCAGGUGCAAGUGCAACAGGUGCAGCAGCAGCAGCCGCAGUCUCCCCAAUCCCCGCCUGCUCCACCGCCACCGCAGGCAGCUCCUGUUGCAGCACAAAACGGGAAUGGCAAUGGAAACGGAAACGGGAAUGCCAGCACUGGUGGAGCUACAACCACUGCUCCUCCGAUCCCCGAACCAGAUUACAGCUGCAGCGAGUCGGAUGGCGAGGAUGAGAACUCCAUUCUGGUGGCACGCAACACGAAGCUCAACGAGAAGAUUGCGCUCUUCGAUGUGCCAGAGACCAGUGGAAAUAGUCAAGCAAGUGGCAGCAGUUCCAACUCGGGCAGUGCCUCCAUUUCGCACUCCCUUUCCGUGGAGGAGAUCCAACGCAUUCGCAGCAAUCUGAAGACCUCCAAGUCAUCGCCCAACGGCUUUGCCAAGAAGCCGGAGGAGGAGAAGCCGCAGGAGCAGCAGUCAGCCCACCAGCAACCGCAGCAACACCUGCAACCUGGCGAGGAUGAGUGCGACAACAGCAGCUCCGGCGUGAGCAGCGAGCAGGAGCAGAUGGCUCUAGCUGCUGGGGUGACCCUGCCAGUGGGCGGAAAGCCCACCGAUACGAUCAAGAAGAAGCCAUCGGUGACCAUCGUGGAGGAGCCGAAGACCAUUCCCGACCAGCCGAGCAGCAACAGCAGCCACAGCACUCUGACCACCAAGCCCAUGGCCAAGACCACCAUCAGCAUUGGCGGCGGAGGAGCGAGUGCGAUUGCAGGAGGCACUCCACCCACAGCAACCCUCACGGUGAAGCAACUGGUGCAGCAGCAACAUGCGCCCGCCAUCCAACAGCAGCAGCAGCAGCUGGGCAGCAAGCAACCGGUAACUGUGUCCAACAGCAACAAGUUCUCGCAGCAGCAGAGCAACAUCAACAUCAACAUGAACAGCAACGUGAUGAGUCCCCAGGUGCUGGGUCGCAUUCCCAACGUCCAUCAUCACCAGCAGCAGCAACAGCAGCAGCAGCAGCAGCAGCAGUCGUCGAAUCCCAACCAGAAGCUGAUCGCCACCCAGCAGCAGAUCCUGCAGCAGCAGCAGCAGCAGAUGGCCCACCAGCAGCACCUGCAGCAGAUCCUCAAGGCGAAGGCGGCAGCGGCGGGAGGAGCCAGCAACACGGCCGCUCUGGUGGCCAAGCACCAGCAGAAGCUGCACAAGAGCACCAGCAGUGGCCACGAGUCCGAGAUGGAGACGCGUUCCGACCUGGAGGACGACGACGGCGACCUCAGUCCCUCGCCGCCAGCCAAGGCCUUCCAGCGGCACAACUCGCUGACGCGCAAGCAGGCGGCGGCCAUCGCCAUGCAGCGGGGUGCCACCCGCACCACGGCCGUGUCCCUGAUGCAGCUGCCGCCGCCUCUGGAGGCGGACAGCGAUGGCGAGCCGUCGCAGCUCACGCUCCAGCGCCAGCAGCCCCACCACCCGAGCACACAGACCCACCCACAUCCCCACCAGCAGCUGCAGCAGCAGCUGCAGCAACACCACAACCAACAGCAACAGCAGCAGCAACUGCAACAGCAGCAGCAACAGCAGCAGCAGCAGCAGCAACAGCCAAUGGCCGCGCACAUUGUGGGCAUGCUGCCCAGCGGACAGCUGGUGGCUGUUGCCUCUGGCGCUGUUGCUGGCGUUCCGGGCGUUGGGGCGGCUGCGGUGCAGCCGGGCAACAACAAUCUGCAGCAGCUGUGCACCGACAAUCUGGUGUUGGCGCCACCGCCGCAGUUCUGCGAUUGCAACGAUGCCAAGCACGCGCCGCAGCCGCAUCUGCCAACUAGCCAAUACCAUCCGCAGCAGCAACAGCAGCAGCAGCAGCAGCAACAGCAGCAGCAGCAGCAGCUGCAACAGCAACUGCAGCAGCAGCAGAUGCUGCAGAUGCACCAGCGACUCUCCGGCGGCGCUGGCGCUGGAGCCGUGGGCACCUUGGGAAGGGUCCGCAUUGUGGGGUCCAUGCCGAAGGCCAACCACCACAGGCUGCACUAAACUACAUACAUAUUCCCGGGGGAAUCGAGGAGAGGGGGAGAACCAUUUGCCAAAUCGUUACAUCGUUAGUUAGGGUUAGUAGUCAACAGUCAUUGCCACUCACAACGAAUAGCUGCAACUGCCUGCACCCGGAGAAAAAACAAAAGAAGAAAGAACAACCACUUCAGCCACAAAUCACGAGGAGGUUCGAACUGCAGUUCGUUUGGUUUCGUUCGACUUUCGACCUUUCAUUACUUUUAUUAUAUUUAUUGCGUGUGAUAUAAAUUUAUGUAGGCUGCCCGCGAGCAGCAACUAAUCGCUAUCUGUAACCGAACAGCAAGUAUGUAUGCAAUAUUAUAUGAUUAGUUAACCGAUCCCCAACCAAUCAACCAUUGAAAACAAACUGAAAGGCAGUGGCCCAGACUUCUGGUGUUCAGAAUCCGAUCUUUCAGUUUGCUUUCGAGCCGCACAAUGUGUCAGAAGUUAUAGUGUGGAGUUCAGUCCGCAUCCUAUCUUAGUUCGUAAUGUUGAAGGGCAGGCAAGUUCAUUAUCCAUCCAUUGAUCAUUCGUGUUCGUGUUCGUGUUCAUGUUCGACUAGUGCACAAAACAUUUAAAGGACAUUAACAUAAACAUUUACAUUACUCUAACACACACACACACACACACAACUAGCGUAGGUUUUAUAUGCCUAAAGGAAGCAGGAAGGCAGGAAGGCAGGGAAGGAAGUUGCACCGAGUAACAAUAAUAUUUGAAUUUGAGCAUUUAGCCGAAUUUCCAGUCAAGUCAAGUCAACUAAACUAAACUAACAAGUACUAAGCGAAUAAAACGUAUAAUGUUUUUAAUACAAUAUUUAUAAAACAAAUAUUUCAAUAGGCGGCAAAUUUUAUAUUCGAAACAAAAAGAAAGGAGAAACAAAAAAAUCGAAAUGGAAAACAAAACGUAAAUUUUUGCUAGUAAAAUUUACAGAUUUUUACUUUUAACAGAUUUUUUGUAUGAUUGUUUUUUUUAGAGAAAAACUUUAACUUGCCAGAGUAUUACAGGAGCAGAUUUAAGACGGAGAUCGUAUUGUAUUGAAAGAGGUUCUCAAAUAUUUGCCCGCGCUUAAUGCAAAUAUCGUCAUAGGCAACCCAAACUUAUAGAUGCGUUUUCACGAGUAACAAUUAUUAUAACUAAGGCUGAUUUUAUUGCAUAAUACAAGCAGAACACAGAUACCGAAACCGAAGCGCAUUCGCGACAAACGGAAUGAAUUCUAAUGGAGAAAAACACUAACCAAGCGAUCGAUGCAUUUACAUUGUUUAAACGAAAACUCUUUGAGGUAUUGCGAGAAUUGGAUGGGAGUAUAAUGAAGUCGUUCGAAUUGGCAGGCCGCACCCUUAGCACUAGCAUCUAAGUGUUGAAAAGUUAGAAAACCUAAAACCUAAAGCCUAAAACUAAAACUAAACCAUAAACAUUAACAUUAACAUACGAGUAAAUAUUGGAAAUUUUAGUAUCUAACUAGGUUCUAGCACACUUUUUAGUUCUCGCAAUAGUUGCUAAUUAUUUGUAAAUUGUUUUAGUUCCACCACCCACACCCCACGCGUACAUGUACACAAAUAUGAUUAGCCAUCAAGCUUGUUAAUUUUUAAGUUCAACUGCCUAGUAAAUCCACGUGGAGUGCUCAGUUACAUAAGUCCAAUAAUACCCACAUGUAAAACUACUUGCGUACUUGCGGUUCCCAUUGCCAACCGAUGGGAACGGGCAAAUCGCGAGUUUGUUGCGAAAUCUAUAUAGGAUUAUUGAAUAUGCCUACGUACACCCCAUAAUGUUAAACGAUUAAAGCACACACCACCACACAUACACUUUAAAUGCAAGUAUUUCAAACGGAAUUAUAUGGAAAUAUUUAUCAUAAGUCGUACAAUAUGCAAUUAUGUAUUAUGAACAUGCGUAUGAAGAAUCAAUAAAUAUGAAUGAAAACUAAA